AUGAAGAAAUGUUCCCACACUUGUUACACACAAAAUGGCAUAGAAAAAUGCACUUGCCCUGAUGGAUUAGAACUUGAUGUCACAGGAUUGGUUUGUGUCGGUGAGUUAAUUAUUUACCAUUAUAUUAUUCUCGUAGUUAGCUGGUAUUAAGUUCGUACUUUUAUAAUACAUAUUUAUUAAAGAAUCGUUAAAUGAUGUUUUACUUUAAUUACAUUUGAACAUUGUUGAUUCAAAUUAACUUUUUACAGUUGUUGUUACUAUUUUUAUUUUCAAAUAAUUAUGCAAACACCCCCUCCCCCACCUUGUUUGAAAAAAAUAGAAUUAUAUGCCCACUAAUAAACUGAAAUUGAAUUGUUAGAUGAAUCAUGUAGAUAAAAUUUAUAUCAAUGAAUAUGUUAUAAAAUAUAAAACAUGGCCUUUUAACAGUUCCCUAUUACCCAUAUGGCUCUGGAGCUAAUGAUGAGAUGCUAAGCUCUCAGAUGUAUGGCAGGUCAUUAUAUCAAGGGGCCAUCUUAGUGAGCCCACCUAUCUACUUCAAUACUGCAGUACCUUUUGGAAACUCACAAAACAUGUAUAAAGUAGCAUACGUGAGUUCAGUUAUUAGAUAUAUUUAUAAACAAAAUGACAGCGAGUCACUAAAGUUGUUUCUUUAUAUCUACACUUAAUUAUAAGCUAAAAAGAAUGUUGGUCAAUUUUAUUGUGGAUUUGCUUUGAUGCUAGAAUUUAAAAAAAAAAGAAGAUAAUGUGAGAAUUUCCAUAUUUAAUAUGCUGUAAACAUUUUUUUUUAAAAUCUCCAUUUUAAAAUUGUAGUCAUAUUUAUUUUAACUGAAACAAAAAAGUAAAUAUAAAAUCAUGUGCAUGUUAUUAAGUUUAGAAAUUAAGCUAAUGAUAUUUUAUAUUAUAUCUUAAAGUGUAUCAAUUGGUGCUAUGAAAAUUUUCUACAGCUGAAUGUCUCAAAAACAAAGGCAAUGGUUGUUGAUUUCAGGAGGGUCUCAGGAGAUUACUACAUAUCUCAACAUAAAAAAUCAAAGUGUAGAGAAAGUGGAGGCAUACAAGUACUUAGGUGUCACCAUAAUAAUAAGCUAACAUGGCAUGAGCACUGCCAAAUGAAAUAAGAAAUUCAACCAAAGACUGUUCUACCUCAAAAAACUGUACAAUUUUUAUUCUACAGUGCAAUAAUUUUCAGUAUUACCUGCUGGUGUGAGAAUUCAAUGUCUGAUAUUAAACCGCAUAAACGGACUAAUCAAGAAAGCUAAGAACAUAACACAAACUAAACAUCCUUCACUUGAAGAACUAUUUGAAGAAAGAUGUUUUUGUAAAACUAAACACAUUUUGGAUGAUACAUCCCACCCUCUUCAUCACAAACACUUAGGAUCUGGCCGCUCAGGACGAAUUCUUUCCAUCAGGGACUGAAAGAUUUAAAAAUUCUUUUGUUCACCAAUCUGUACAAAUUUACCGGCGUGCUCCCUCUGAAGUCUCACAUCUUCAUGACAUCUAAUAAGUCCCCGAUUUGGCUAAGAGAACUCACUGAAUGGCUUUUUGAGAUAAUUUAUUAUAAAUGUCUUGUCUUCAAAUUGUUUUAUUUAUAUGCUGAAAAUGUAUAAUGCAAUCAAAAAACAUUUCCAUUUAUUUGGAUCAAUAAAAGAAUUUUAUCUUAUCAAAUCACAACACUUUGGCUAUUUAAAAAUUUAACAUAUUUAGAUUUGUUCUGUUUUUAUUUUUAAAAAAUCAUGAUACUAGUUUAAUUUAAUUUUAGUUCAUAAAUUAAGAAAACAGAAACACUAUAUAAUUUUUGUUAAAUAUUUAGAGAAUCUCAAAUAUAAAUCCUGUUCAUGUCAUUCAAAAUUAUUAAUUAAAAAUAAUGUAUAGGCCCAACAAGCUGCUCUCCCCAACAAAAACAUGAAAACAAUCAUGAAAUUUUAACAUGUAAGAAUCUUUAUUUUUGUAUUCAAUUAGAAAAUAUACCCUUAUAAAAAAACUGGGCUGGAAAAAAAAAAGGGGGGAGGGGGUAGCACUUAACAUACUAAAAUUUGAAAAAGUGUAUUAGAAGACAACCCAUUCAGUUUUUUUGUUGACUUAAUUUAAAAAGUAGGCCUGCUGAUCAUUUACUGACCAAUAAACUAAUUCAAUACAGCUUUAAAAAAAUCACCCUUACAUUUUUUCAGGUUAUGAGCAAUGGGCUGUUUGUUUUUGGUGAUGAAAGUAUAGCUAUCUCUGCUAGUCCCAAUCUCAAUCUUGCAUUUUCUCAAAAAUGGAACAUUGUUGCACCAUACUGGACUGAUACUAAACCGAAUUCAGGUCAAGAUAAUUUUGUUAAAUAUUAUUAUGUUUGAAGCUACAAUGUCAAAUGGUACAUAAUAACCAUGUGGGGAUAUAGGUUUCCCCAUUUGAGGGUAGAGAUUUCCCCAUGUGAGGGUAGAAAAUUAAUAAUCCUUUUUUUUCAAAUAAUACCCUCAACCCUACAUUCAUCACUUGGAAAAAUCAAGAUCGAUCAACAAAACGGCAAUGCUGAAAAUAAACUGUUUAGACUAGAAGAAAGCAAUAAGUUAUUAUAUAAGUUCUAAAAAUCAUAGUUAUUUUAUUUAAAUCACAUCAUUGGUAUCCUUUUUUAGUCUACUAAUAGAUAGUUGAAAUAUUAGUAAAAGCCACAUUUAAUUGUAAUUUUAUUUCUUUGUAUCAACAAGAUUUUUUGUUCAAUUUCCUCCAGGUCAUGUAAAUUACCAUCUCUAUGAAAAAUGUGGCCAGGCUGCUUAUGAUGGAACAAAUGAUGAUUCAAUGUCCCAGAAUAGGAUCAAAGUGAUGACUCGUGCUAGUCAGGAUUUAUUAAAAUAUUAUGGUUUUAUUGGUUUCACUGUGGAAAAAGUGUUAGUAUUGACAUGGGUGGAUGUCCAGCAUAUUUAUGUAAGUUCAUUUUAUUUUAAAAAAUAGAAAUUAAUAAAACUAUCAUUAAUUUAUUUCAAAUUACUAAAAGUUAAUGACCGAAUUUCUAUUUUGUCCUAGGGAUAAAAUGUAAAACUCACUGUUAAUCAUAAUUUUUUUUUAUAGGUUUUCCUUCUCCACUAAAAAAAUGCUUACUCGAAACUACUAAAAAUCAAAAUAUAUUUAAUAAGGCAGUAUCAAAUAAUAAAAUGUAUUUUUUCUCUAUUAUAUUUCAUGGCAGGGCACAGAGAACAGCACAUUCCAAGCAGUAUUUAUAAGUGGCUGGAAGAAAGAGUCACAAAAUGGACAGGAUAUGCAAGAAAGUAAUCUAGAAUUAUACUUCGUCCAUCCAUACAAUUUGGCCGUAUUUACCACAUUUAAUAUCAAUAAAACCAUAACUUAAGUUACUUCCUUGAUCCAAAAAAUAAGUAAGUCAGAUUAUUAUAAUUUAUUCAGAAUUUUGGAAACAAAAUAAACCUAGUCUUGCUUUAAAACUCUGGGACUUGUUUUAAAGGGUCAAGAAUAAUAUAUUUGUAUGGACCUUAGCAAAUGUUAAUAUUUGGAAACAAUAAUUAUUUAUACAAUUUAAUAUUGCUUUACUAAUAGGAGAACAGACAUCCUAUGUAAUCUUUAUGUACCAACAAGGCAAGAUGAACUGGCCUUACAUUGUUGGAAGGCUCAUAAAUAUUGGAUUUACUGGAAAUAACCUUCCUUUCACCAACACAGUGCUGGCCAGUAGACUAGAUAAAAUGAAAGGAAACACAGGUGUUAUUUUUUAAAUAAAGCUUAUAUAAAUGUUUGAUUCGUUAAUUAGUUGCUAGUUUUAAUAAAAUUGUAGUGUUUUUUUUCUAUAUGAAUUAAAAAUACAAAUAUAUUUUGCAAGUAGUUUAUAUUAAGUUUUCAUUUUUUUCUAUUGUGGAUUUAUAUUGAUUAAAGUACUCGCAGCUAUAAUUUUCAUGUUUUAAGGGGAAAUGAAAACGUGUACUUUGAACUUACUACAAUUUUUUUUUUAAAUUUGAGCACUACUUAUCAGUGGAGUGUAUAUUUUGGGAAACAAAUUUGAGUUGUUCUAUUUUUAUCAGACAAUAAUUGGUGCUUUGUAUUUUUACUUCAGGUUUUGAUGGUGUCUUUACUUUCAAAACUGGAAGCUCCAGCAGUUCAUUACAAAAAUGUCACAGCUACACAUGCAGUAAAAUUAACCUGUUGUCUAACCCUGUUUAUGAAAAUGAUAAGAGAACACUUUAUGGGUGUCCAUGCACAAUGGAAAGACUUGGGUCACAGUGGCAGCUUUAUGAAACCCGUGGAGAGAAAAAUGAUGUUGAGUGUUAUGCCAUCAGCCACAUUGCCAAAAACAGACUACUUGCAAGCAACAUAAGAAAUAAAGUAAUUAAUUUUGAUAGCCAUUUAUUUCUGCUUCUGAAUCAGACAUUUUAAUUUUUUUUAAAUUAGUUGCACUCAUUCAUGAAAAUUUGACAGAAUAUUUUCAAUAAAGGCCUACAAUUUAAAAACGUUUCAUUUAUCUGAUACUUCAUGUUAUUUUUUGUAAAGUUACUUUUUUCUUUAUAUUAUGGCAACUAAAAUCUAGAAUGCAAAUGUUUUUAACAAUAGAAAAUAUAUUUGUAAGAAAAUUUCUGUGAAGUUUAAAUUAUCAUGAUAACUAGGUUGAAAUUACUAAAUUAUAUAAUUGGAUUACAUUGUGCUAUUCUUACAUAAAAGUGUUUUCCAUUUUGUAAUUCUUAUAUUGAAAUGGAUUCUAUUUUCCAUUGUGUUAUUCUUUGCACUUUUGAAAUGAUUAUAAUUAUAUUAUGUUUAUCCUAGCCUCUAAGCCAGCCCUGCACAACUCACAAUGUAAGGCAGACCGUAAUACUUUAUGAAAAACUUGUACGGGCCAAAAGAAAAUAGGACAGGACCUGUGCGGACCAAAAGAAAAUAGGACCAUGUGGUGGGGGGGGGGAGGAGCUAUUAAGAAAAUAAUAAGAAUAAAUAAUAUUUUGUUGCUUUGUGGGCCGCAAAGUGGGUGCUUGCGGGCCGCAUGUGGCCCGUGGGCUGUAUGUUGUGUAGGCCUGCUUUAAGAUUCAAUUUUUCUUUAGGUUUCAUGUCUGACAUUUCUCUAGAUUACAUUUAAUAAAUAAUAUUGAUUAAUUUUAUGAUGAUACUCUAAUUUCGGCCUUCAUCUAAUACAUUUUGCAACAUAUGAUGAGAAGAAAUUUACACAAUUUUCAUUUUUCUAAAAAUUACUUUAUUGUUUUCAUUAAUUCAUUUCAGCUGUGUUGCUAUAAAAGAGAAAAACCGCACAAUCCAAGUGACUGGAGAGAUGUGGAACAAACAAUGAGAGAAGCAUCAUAUGUACCCAACUCUGGACAUGUUCUUAUCAAUGAUCCCUG